AACAAGCACCAUUAGUAGAAAGAAAACAGAGAGCAAGUGAUCGAGCGACUCUAUAGUCCAUACUUUGGCUUCUCAAAUUUCUCGAAGAUGCCGAUCAAUAGAAUUGCAGUUGGAUCUCCGGCUGAAGCCGGCCAACCGGACGCUCUCAAGGCGGCUCUCGCUGAGUUCAUUUCCAUGCUCAUUUUCGUUUUUGCCGGUGAAGGCUCUGGGAUGGCAUUCAACAAGCUGACGAGUGAUGGGGCAACUACACCAGCAGGCCUAGUGGCAGCAUCGCUAGCCCACGCCUUUGCACUGUUUGUUGCGGUUUCAGUGGGUGCCAACAUUUCUGGAGGCCACGUAAACCCUGCUGUCACAUUUGGUGCCUUCAUUGGUGGCCACAUAACACUCAUUAGGACUGUUCUUUACUGGAUUGCCCAGCUCCUCGGAUCUGUUGUGGCCUGCUUGCUCCUUAAGUUCGCAACUGGUGGACUUAAAACAGCGGCUUUUGGCCUGUCAAGCGGCGUUGGUGCGUGGAACGCAGUAGUGUUUGAAAUUGUUAUGACCUUUGGCUUGGUUUACACCGUGUAUGCUACUGCCGUGGACCCAAAGAAGGGUGAUAUUGGGGUAAUUGCACCUCUUGCAAUUGGUUUCAUUGUGGGUGCUAAUAUCUUAGCUGGCGGGGCCUUCGAUGGUGCGUCCAUGAACCCAGCAGUCUCCUUUGGACCAGCCGUGGUAAGCUGGACAUGGGACAACCACUGGGUCUACUGGCUCGGCCCAUUCGUUGGCUCUGCUAUCGCUGCCAUUGUCUAUGAGAUCUUCUUCAUCAGCCCAAGCACACAUGAACCACUUCCCUCUACUGAUUUCUAGAAUUUGAAUGCCUGUAUCUCAAUCUUCGUCCUUGUGAUGCAAAAUUGGUCCCAACUCCAAAGUUAGGUGGAUCAACGUUGUUUCAAUGUUUGGUGUUGUUUGUAUCUGGUUUUGUUAAUUGUUGAUGCAAUGUUAAUGUCAUGCUUUAAUUCCAUUAAUUGCUGAGUAUUAGGUA